GUGAAGCUUGCUCUCAUUGGUUAGUGUGCAGGAGUGGAAUUUGGAUUUUUGCAGAUUAACUUGAAUUACUGGUUACUGUUUUGUAACAUGCAUUGAUGUUUUUACAUGUUACAUAACGUCAUUAUCUUAAAUCUUAUUAUGAAACCAUUCGAGUUACUUCGCUAGUUAGUGCUAUUCAAAUGACAACCAUAGCUGUUCCUGAUCCACUUUCUUCAUACAUCACUACAAUUCAGCAGAGCCAAGAUGACAAGGAACUACAUUGGUUAAUUGCUCAAAUAAUUAGUCCUGAGUUUCCUCAAAUUAUCGAAACAUUAGAAAUAUGUCGUAACUUAUUAAUGUACAAUUCUCCACAACAGCCAGAUCCCAAGAACCGAAUUGAAAGGGGACCAGCAAUAAAAUUACCCGUGUCUCUGGGUAAAUCGGAAGUAUUAAAGGGAAUUGUCGUACGAGAUGGUGAGAAUAUCUCCCAAUUCCAGGUCAGUAUUCAUGAGCCUCAUUUAAACAAGUAUAUCCACAAGCUAAACCUAGUUAAACCCAUUUUAUUGCCACAAAUUAUAACUGCAAAGGAAUCAAUUGAAGACUCUAUUGAUAUUAUAAACCAACUAUUAGACUUGUUUAAAAGUGAAAUACACGAGGAUGACGAAAGGUUAGUAAGACUAUUUAUAAACCUCCUUGAAAAGAUUCAAAUUUCUAAAACCAGCCUACAAAUUCCCAUUGAUCCAAAUUUGGUGUUUCCCUUGAAUAUAACACCACCAGAUACAUUUGAACCAGAAUUAGUUCCUUCUAUUGCCAUUGAUUUCUAUAUCAGUCAAGCUGAAAUGUGUAUAGAUUUAAAGUCUCUUCAUCGAGUUAAAGAGAAGCCAUGGGGAGAAAUUGAGAAAUCUACCGGGAGAUCAUACAUUGAUAAGAUCAGAGACGAAAUGAAAUUACCAAAUUCACAAAGCUCAAUCAUUUCAAGAACACCUUCAAUACAAACCUAUGCUGGAUCAUUUUCAUCGCAACAAGUGCCACCAAAGCCUGAUCCACCUGUGGAAACUUCCACGCAUAUUCCACCUAGUCCACCAUUAAAUGUAGCUGAUAUUGAAAAAAGGUUACAUGAAAUGACAGCAGCGGCUUCUACUACUGAACACACAGAAAAUACCAGUGGUUUCAAUCUAGGUAAGGUUAUGAGUCGUUUACAAUUAGGUCCCAAGCACGAUCCAAUUGAUUAUAUCACCAAAUGUAUUACUUACAAUUCCAUGGUGGUUAUGGUUAGUAAGAAAGUUGAAGUUUCAUCGCCUGAUCCAGUGUUGGUUAGUGCAUUUACUAAACUUGACAGUGUGGAAUAUUUAAUUAGUAGUUAUUUAGAUUGUUUAAAUAAGUUAAUGAAUUGAGAUAACAGUUAUUUUUUACAACCACGCGACACUAUGUUUGUAGCAAGCUUCACUAAAUCAUUAGAAGCUAUUCUUGAAAACUUCUCAACGAUUUAGAAGAUUCGGCUCAAAGUUGUAAUCAGAAUGUUUAUUUUGUUAAAGCUUUCAGCCAAAUAUUCUCCAAUUCUUACCAUAGUUCUUGCAAAGUUGCCAUGUUU